AGUAGAGAAGAAACAAGUAAACGAACGGUUCACGAAAGGAGAAGAGAGAAUACUAAAAAAAAAAAAAUCGGAUUUCGGACAAAGCUUUUGACAAUGGCGGGACUCUCAGAAGGACCCAAAAGACCACCGCCUCCUCCACCUAGAGGCCCUCGCUUCGAGCCCGUUGACCGCGAAAAGACUUGUCCCUUAUUGCUUCGCGUUUUUACUAAGAUUGGGGGUCAUCAUGCCAAUGAAGAUUUUGCAGUGAGAGGAAAGGAGCCCAAGGAUGAGGUUCAAAUUUAUACGUGGAAGGAUGCUACUCUUCGUGAGAUAACUGAUCUGGUCAAAGAGGUAGCGUCAGCAGCAAGGAGACGAAAUGCAAAACUUUCCUUUGCUUUUGUGUAUCCUGAUAAACAUGGCCGUUUCUUGGUGAGAGAGGUGGGGAAGACAUUUUCAUAUGGAAAUGGAAGAUUAGAUGACAACAAAGCAUUAGCUGAACUUGGUUUUCAGAUUGGAGAUUACUUGGAUGUGGCUAUAUUGUAAUGAAUUCUCCUUCUAUGUUGAAUUUAAUGUUUGGGUGUCCCCCAAAUAGAUCAAAUUUUGGUAUGAAUUCUUGGCCCAUUAAUUUGUCAGCGUCAUGUGGAGACCAUUUGUUGUACUUUCCGAUGUCAUUUGAAAUUCUAGUUUGGCAGAGGAUGUUUGUUUACAAAAGCUAGUUAAAGUGUUGGAUUAGCUUAGAUUCCAUUUUGUUUCAUUUGAUAUUGUAUUAGGUGUAUGCAUGAAGUCAAUUCUGAUUCUAUGUUGUUUACUUUGAUUCUUGAA